AUGAACUUUAGUGCUACCGUAAAUGUCCUGCGGCUUUUUGUGAACCCUAAGCUGUGCAUUCCACAAACUACCAUUGAAAACUUUGGGCAACUUCCAAUACCAAUUGGACCCUCCAUCAAAGCAGUUGUUUUGGACAAGGACAACUGUUUCGCAUACCCACAUACUAAUAAUGUGUGGUCGGACUACGAGCGGAAGAAAACAUGGACGAAGCUCAAAGAGACGUAUCCCGGUGCUUCGCUACUAAUCGUGAGUAAUAGCGCCGGUAGCAGUGACGACGCUGGCGGCAUACAAGCCACAAAUUUGGAGCAAACAGUAGGUGUACCGGUGCUGCGCCAUUCAGUGAAGAAACCAGGGUGUCGCGAUGAGAUCUUGGAUUAUUUUGCAAAGCACAAUAUUACCAGUGAACCGCACGAAAUUGCCGUUGUUGGGGAUCGGCUUUUUACUGACAUACUCAUGGCGAACUUAAUGGGUAGUCACGGUGUGUGGGUAAGACAAGGCGUAAAACCUCCUACGGGCCCUCUAACAUUUAUCGAGCGGAAACUGUAUAAAUGGAUGAGCCCUGAAAGUUAG